UUGGGCAGACGAUGAAACGUUUGCCCUCGUAAAUAUAUGGCAUGAGAAUCUUGCAAAUUUAAGAAAAAGUAAACGCAACCGUGUGGUUUAUGAAGGAAUGAGCUGUUCUUUCAAAACAUACGGAUUUACACGGAGUUCUGCAGAGAUCUCGAAAAAAAUACAAAACUUAAACCGGCGUUACAGGGAAGAAAAAACUAAGAUUGGCACAACUGCAGGAGAACCGUCCAAAUGGAGAUUUUUUCAAGCGGUGCAUGAAGUGAUUGGGGUGCUACCGUGCCAAGAUGCUUCGUCAAUGGUGGAAAGCAUGGAUAACAGCUUUCUGGCCGAUGAAAAUACAUCUUUAGUGACAGACAUGUCUCUUGAAGAGGACUGCCAGGAAGGUGGAGCAUUACCAAAUCAACUACCUGCUGCAGAUCCAGUAGAAGAUGUUGGUGUCGGUAGUCCCCGGCCUGAACUUCCCGAGCUGGAACCAGUAGCUGGUCCAUCAAAUCAAGAAGAUUCUGUUGCACCCCAGUGAACAGAUGACUCAGAACAAAAGAGAAGUUUAAAAAGAAAUCAAAAUAUUGGUACUUUUACAAUGCUUCA